GCCACUCUCUCGGACACGGCCUCAACGCACCUGGCAAGUCACCGCCAAGGUGUGGCAGAGCUGACUCUUUCCGGUUCUGAACUCGCCAUAGAGCUCCGUGAUGCUUCCCGUUUCCAUUCCUCCCCCGAGGAUGUUGUCGAGGUUCUUGGACCCGGUUGUGAUGGAGACGAGCUCGGUGCGGCGCAGGUGGAAUUCAGUGGCAGUUGUGAAGCCCAUCGGGAUGAGCUUCGAGCCUGUCAUCAUUGAGCUAUCGGUAAAUGGCAGCCCAUCUGAAGUCAUUCUCUGUAUGGCUCACAUUCUUGCAAGAUCUUGUCGGCCUUGGCGUCAGAGAUGCCCUUGACAGUGAUGAGGUGCUUUUUGGGCGUGAACGCCAGGCUCUCGAUGGUGUAGAAGCCUGCCUCCUCGAGCUUUUUGCAAUCCGAUGCCGAGAUUCCAAAUUCCUGAAUUGCUACCAAUUAGCCACAUCACGGCCUGAGCGAGAGAGGGAGGCAGCAUCACUCACCUCUAGCUUGUGGACGCCGACAGGCCCUGCGCAGGCAUCUUCAAUUUGGCUUGCUGAGGUGAGGUUCUCGCCUCCAGCAGACAUGGUGAUGCUGAUCUAUCCUGUGAGUCGUUCGGUCAAAAAGAGGUCAGGAAGAAAAGACAAGGUUGCCAGAUGGUAAGUCGAGGGAGCGACUGAGGGGGCGUCUGUGGUGGGUUAGUGCGGAGCAAAGAAUUGAGAUUGCGAGUC